UUUUAAAAAAUCAUUAUGAGACAUCGUCGGCCCAAGUGUGCACGACCAACCCACCCUGGCUCAGGGACUAAAGGCGUGCUAAUUAUCUAUCUUGGUCUCCAAACACCUGUGUGUGAAUGGAAGGACGCCGCAAGCGGGUCGUCACUGAAAACAAAUAUUGUUGGCUGCAACUGCGUUAAAACAGUGUACAUGCCCCUAAUCCAUCGCACCAUGGCAGACACUGAUCUUGACUUCACCACCGGAGAGUCUGGCGCCUCCGCCACCAUUCCUAUGCAGUGCUCUGCCCUGCGAAAGAACGGCUAUGUGGUGUUGAAGGGACGCCCUUGCAAGAUCGUGGAAAUGUCCACCUCCAAGACAGGAAAGCACGGACACGCCAAGGUUAACAUGGUGGGCAUUGACAUCUUCACCAACAAGAAGUAUGAGGACAUGUGCCCCUCCACCCACAACAUGGACGUGCCCCACAUCAAGAGGAAUGAGUUCCAGCUGUUGAACAUCACUGAUGGGUUCAUGUCCCUCAUGGGUGACAAUGGAGACGUGAGGGAGGACCUGCGUGUGCCUGAUUCAGACCUGGGCAAGGAGAUCGAGCAGAAGUUUGCCGCUUCCGAGGAUAUCCUGGUCUCUGUGCUGUCUGCUAUGGGGGAGGAGUGUGCUGUGGCCAUUAAGCAGAUGACCGGUGGCAAAUAGAAAGACAGGACUGACCUGCCCAGGCAACAAACUCCACCCACAACCAGUCUCUAGUAUUCUUAUUGGUUCUUCUGUCACCAAAGCGACGGCCUUCACAGACAACCUCAAUCAUUCUGUUGUGAUUACUCCUUUGUUUUUUUCCCCUCUCAUUUUUGGUUUCUCUCUCUCUCCGACGCUGUCGGACUGUCCCAACGUUACUGCGGCACGCUCGCUGUGUUGGCUGGCAUUCUGCCGGAUCACUGAGGUUUUGUUUAGUUCUACAUAAUCUACUAUAUAAAGAAAAGUACUUAUUGGUGAAAUAGAUUCUUUUUGACUUCUUCCUCAUUCCUGUUUAUUUUUGCCUUCGAGAUGUUUGUCUUGCCACAUACAUUCCUGAAUGUUUAAAAUAAUGAUGGGAUCCAGCUUUUUUAUGAUAAUUUUUUUAUAUUCCUUAUAAUUGAGCUCGUCUGAUGCCUUUUUAGAGGGAGGGGGGAGCUGUUUGAAUGGUGGGAGGGGGGGCUUGGGGCCCCUUUUACUGACAUUGAACUACGUUAGGGUUGUCCCUCUGGCUGCCAUACUGCUGCUUCCCAGCAUGGCCUCUCUGCUCUGGCUGAUCAGACAACUCCGAUGCUUUUCUCCCAAACCGUGGGAACGCUGGUGGCUAGCACUUAACAAGCAGUCUUAACAGUACCUCUUCAGCAUUUCAAAACUCUUCGAUAUGAAGAAAGAACAUUAGAGAAAAGAUGCUAAAUAUGGAACCAAACUUCAGUGAUUUCUCUUGUCAAUGCCGCUCUGUCUGUUUAGAAAGCCGGAGUGCCCAGUGCGCUUGCCUAUCACCAUGGCAACCUAGCCCCGCCCUGGGCAUCCCAUAAUAGUCGGAAAGAGUGAGGCGUUGGUGUGGCGGCGUAGAAUGUUCUGGAAGGCAUUUUGCAGUGAGGUGUGUGAGGGGGCUCGAUCGGGGGGGUGGAGUUGCAAACUUAUUUUGUUCACUCGAGGCCUUUGUCACCUGACUGGAGAUGGCAAAAAAUAAUAAAGUUAAAACAAAUAGAAAAACA